AUGUUAUUUUUUAUGAAAAAAUACACUUUUAAUAUUUGUCAAUAUUAUGGUAAUUUUAUAUGUAGAAGUAAAUUAUUUGAAUUAGAUUAUCCAUUAUUUUUUAAUCUCAAUAAGCAAGUUUCAGUUAUAUAUAAUUUAUUUAAUUCAAAAAGUAAUUUAUCUAUAACUAAUGCAAAUAUUAAAAAAUAUUUAAAUUUUCUUAUGAACGCAUAUCAAAAUGAGAAUGAAAGAAAAGGAAAUAUUUCUGAAAUUCUUAAAUUAUCUGAAAUUCCACCAUUAUUGAAUGAAAAAAGUAAAAUAAUUAAGAAUAUAAAAAGUUUAAAUGAUCUUAUAAAAGACAACAAAGAACUAAAGAAUCUUGCAAAAGAGGAAGAAUUAAUAUAUAGGCAACAAUUGUUAGAAAUUGAUGAACAAAUUUUAAAUAUUAUUAUAAAAUAUAUAGAUGUAGAACAUUAUGACAAUAUUAUUAUGGAAAUAGUGCCAGGCGUAGGUGGUCAAGAAGCUAUGUUGUUUGCUAGAGAUUUAUUAGAUAUGUAUAUUAGCUAUUUUAAUCAUAUAGAAUUUAACUAUGAAAUAUUAGAAAUAUUAAAUAGUGAAAUAAAUGGAUUAAGGAAAGCUACUCUGCUUAUAUCUGAUAAUAAUGCAUUCAAAAAAUUAAAAUAUGAAAGUGGUGUACAUAGAGUACAAAGAAUUCCUGCAACAGAAAAGUCUGGUCGUUUACAUACUAGUACAGCCGUUGUAACAAUCUUACCAGAACCUAAAGAUGUAGAUAUUAAGGUAGAAGAAAAAGAUUUGAUAAUAGAAUCAAAAAAAGCAUCUGGAGCAGGAGGUCAACAUGUAAAUACUACAGAUUCUGCAAUUAGAAUAACUCAUAUACCUACUGGUAUAGUUGUGACUUGUCAGACAAAUAGAUCUCAAAUAAAAAACAAGCAAUUAGCAUUAACAAAAUUAAAAAGUAUGUUAUACCAGGAAGAAUUAAAUAAACAAGUUUCAUUCAUUAAUCAAAUACGUAAGAAACAAAUAGGAAAAAGAUUGAGAAAUGAGAAAAUUAGAACAUAUAAUUUUAAUCAAGAUCGGGUUACGGAUCAUAGGAUUCUAAAUGGUACAAUACAUAAUUUGAAAGAAUUCAUGAAAAAUGGAACAGCUCUGGAAAUACUAGAGGAUAGGCUUUAUAAAAAUAUGCAAUCAAAGAUUACGCUGGAGAUUAUAGAGGAUAUGUUAAAUCAAUUAAAAUAAUAAUUCAAUAUUUAUCAUUUUGAUAAGAAAUGAUCUUCAUUUUAUAUAGGCAAGCCAUUGUACAUAGCAAAUUGUAAUAAACUCUGUGUAAUACAAGUAACAUCAUUCGUUUUUCGGAUGGAAACUCGCCACAUCUCUUAUUAUUAAAUCCUUUCUGUUUCGCUUUAAGGAAGCAGAGAGCUAGUGAAGUAGAGAGUUCAGUUAUUUAUUUGAAAAACAUACAACAAUAUUUUUGUUAUUUUUUUUUUCAUUUUGUUUCAUUUUGUUUCAUAACCGCGUGUCCAAAGGCACACAUCCUUGUAACUCUCGUAUAAUACAUUAAUAUACAAAAUUAAUAUUCGUAAUCUCUAUAAAUAUCAAACGACACGUUUUACAUCGGUUAAUGUACAAAGCGCAAAAUAUGUAUAUGUGUAUGUGAAUGUAUCUCAUAGUGUUAUGAACGUGUGAUUUUUAUAUACGACCCUGCUCUGAUAUAUAAUUUCCUAUAAAAUCUUAUCUACUUGAAUACUCCAAAAAAUAA